AUGUUUUCGAGUUGCAACAAAAACAAAAUCUCAAGACUGCAACGGUUUUCUCCAACAAAUUUCUACCAUCAAAAACAACAAUAUUCUUAUUCAAAAAUGGUGAAAACCCUGCCAAUAAUACUUUGCAUUCUCUCCAUUUUUUCGACUGGAAAUGGAGCUGUGGUUCUUCAAAGGAAUGAGGGAAGUAAUUCAGUAAAGAAUGAACUAGCUGCUUAUGAUAAUGAAAUUAUUAGCGAACCAGAAAUUACAUGUGGCCCAGGUGUUGUACACUUUACUGUUAACACUCGACGUGGUAACGCCUCAGCAGUUUAUGUACGUGGACAAAGCCAUAAUGAGGAUUGUACUUUCCAUAACAAAAGAAAUGUAACUAUUGAACUGGCAAAGUGUAAUGUUAGAAGGAAAAGAGAAAUUAAUCCGAAUCCUGGAAUUGCUUAUCAAAUGACUAUUGUAGUUCAAUUACAUCCGGUUAGAAGAAAAAAUUUUUUAAACUUUUUAUUUUAUGCAUUAUCUCUUUAA